UUGUGAUAGUAGUGGAUUGGACGUUGACCUCUCUCACAACAAGGAAGUGUUUUUCAAGGUAGGCUAAUGCACGCCUAGAUUAUUUAGAAACGAAACUAGUGUGUGUAGGGCAGGGCAGAUGUUGUCUUCUAGCUUCGUAAAGCGUUUGUAACCUACUCAAGAAGAAUGGCAGAGGCGAUAUCAUGUAAUCAAGAACUUUUUACAUGUCCUAUUUGUUUGGAUCUGCUGAAAGAUCCAGUGACUAUUCCCUGUGGACACAAUUACUGCAUGGGCUGCAUUAAGGGCUGCUGGGAUCAGGAAGAUCAGAAGGGAGUCUACAGCUGCCCCCAGUGCAGACAAAUGUUCACUCUAAGACCUGUUUUAAACAAAAAUAAUGUUUUUGCUGAGCUUGUGGAACAAUUCAGGAAGACCAGAAUCCAAGCUGUUGCUCCUCCUGUUGAAUAUGCUGGUCCGGGGGAGGUGGAAUGUGAUCUCUGUACUGGAAGAAAACUAAAAGCUGUGAAGUCGUGUCUGGACUGUCUGUUGUCUUAUUGUGAAACUCACUAUAAAGUUCACAACGAUGUCAAUCCUGGACGAAAACACAAGAUGAUUGAUGCCACAGGUCAGCUACAGGAGAGGAUCUGCGCCCAACAUGAGAAGCCUCUGGAGAUAUUCUGUCGUACAGAACAAACUUGUGUUUGUUUUCUCUGCAUGGUGGAUGAACACAAAGGUCAUGACACUGUGUCAGCAUCUGCAGGGAGAAAGGAGAAACAGACAUACCUGAGAGAGACCCAGAGGUCAUUUCAGCAGAGACUCCUGGAGAGAGAGAAGAAGCUGCAGGAGCUGAGGAAGGCUGUGGAGACUCUCAAGUGUUCUGCACAGACAGCAGUGGAGGACAGUGAGAAAAUCUUUACUGAGAUAAUCCGCACCAUUGAGAGAAGGCGCUCUGAGGUGACAGAGCUGAUCAGAGCUCAGGAGAAGGCUGAGGUGAGUCAGGCUGAAGGACUCCUGAAGCAACUGGAGCAGGAGAUUGCUGAGCUGAAGAGGAGAGAUGCUGAGCUGGACCAGCUUUCACACACAGAGGAUCACAUCCAUUUUCUCAAGACUUUCCAGUCAGUGAGCAACACACCUGAGACUACAGACGUAUCCAGCAUCUGUGUUAACCAAGGCCUCUCUUUUGAGGCUGUGAAGAAAUCUGUCUCCUCGCUAAAGGGGCAGCUGGAGGAUUUCUGCAAAGAGGAAGUCAUGAAGAUUUCUGCAGCAGUGACUGAAGUCCAGGCUAUUUUGCCUUUGGAACCUACAACCAGAGAGGAAUUCCUACAAUACUCCUGUCACUUCACACUGGAUCCAAACACAGCACAAGGAAACCUCCAUCUGUCUGAGGGGAACAGGAGGGUGAAGAAGAGAUCCCAUCUCCGGUCAUAUCCUGAUCAUACAGAGAGAUUUGAUACAUUGUAUGCGGUGCUGUGUAGUGAGGGAGUAUAUGGACGCUGCUACUGGGAGGUUGAGUGGAGUGGGGUGGUUUAUAUAGCAGUGUCAUAUAAAAGCAUCAGCAGAAAAGGAAAGGGGGAUGAAUGUAAGUUUGGUUGUAAUGAUCAGUCCUGGAGGCUGAGACUCACCAGCUCUGGCUUCUCAUUCUGGCACAAUGAUAAAGAGACUGAACUCCCUCUAGUGGUCAGCUCCAAAAUAGGAGUGUAUGUGGAUCACAGGGCAGGAACUCUGGCCUUCUACAGCAUCUCUGACACAAUGACCCUCCUGCACAGAGUCCAGACCACAUUCACUCACACACUCUACCCUGGGUUUUGCCUACAUAAAAGAUCAUCAGUGCAGCUGUUGUGAGUAUUCUCAGUUGAGAAUUGGUCUGGUAUUAGCCAGGCGGUCCCUGCUGGCUGCUGCAGUAUGAGGGGAACCAAAGACAAUAAAGAAAAGAGUAAGGAAGGGUAAGUAGAGUGGUCUAACAUAAAGGUCAAAGUUCAAACACUGACCCCUGUAUGGUGUCAGGUCGUAAUUCACUCACACAAUUAAUAAUUAAUGAAUAAAAAUGGGUUAUUAGUCUGUGCACCCACACAAUUUAAUAUAUCAUAUUUUAAUUUCUUCAUAUUGACCAAGAAAAUGAGUGAUGAAAAUAUUGUUUAAUAAUACUGAACUGUAUUGUUUAGGAAUUACUGAAUGUAAUCAGCUGUGGAUGUAAAGCCAGCUUCUGAUUGCCCUGCUUGUUU